AUGUCAGGUCAGUGUGUUGCCAAGUGCGACGGCUACAGUUCAUUGCGAACCGAGUGUGCGCGCGAUCCAUGUUUGGGAGAGGGAAUGUGUAAAUUAUUGGAUUCAAGCAUUACUAACUGUGCCGAGUGGUGCUGUGAAGGACGGGGUGGAUACGUAUUCUUCGUUGUUUUAUUUUUCUGUGCGGGGACGUGUGCGUUGUUCUCCAUGUACUAUCUUAGGCGACUCCACCAGGCAAAUGUGGCUGCAGGUGUUGUCACUGAAGAAGGUGAACAGAUUGAAGUGCCACCUGAACAAGAUGAAAACUCGGGGGCAACGCAACCGCGGCGUAAGCGGCGCGUAGUUACAGUUGAUCCGGAACUAUUUAAAGCCAUUGGUGUUGCACCACCAGUAGAGGAUAGAUCAGGUGUUCCUGCUAAUAAACGCUAG